CUGGAAACCUAAAUUGCCCCCCCCCUUUCUAUAUACCUUUAAGCUUGAUUUUUCGCCCGUCGGUGUAGAAAGACUUAGCGGGUGCAAAACAAGACAUCUGUCUAUUUUGUCGUCUGUGUGUGUCGGGAUGUAUAGUAUCAGAUGUCCAACGAGAAUUUCUGUUUUAAAAAAAUGCUGUUCUUAUGCAACUUGCAGUUCUCUCAGCCCAAUAAAGAAAUUACUUAUAGCUAAUCGUGGGGAGAUUACAUGUCGUAUUAUAAGAACUUCUAAAAAACUAGGUUUGCAGACUGUAGCUGUAUACAGUGAAGCUGACAAAAAUGCAUUGCAUGUUGCUAUGGCAGAUGAGGCUUACUGCUUAGGUGCAGCAGCAUCCCAAGAAAGUUAUUUAAAUCAUAGAAAAAUCAUUUUAGUUGCCAAAGAAGUAAAAGCACAAGCUAUUCACCCUGGUUAUGGUUUUCUUUCUGAAAAUGCUGAGUUUGCAGAUUUAUGUCAACAAGCAAAUUUAGUUUUUAUUGGUCCACCUGCUUCAGCAAUACGAGACAUGGGAAUCAAAAGUACUUCAAAAUCUAUUAUGUCUGAAGCUGGUGUGCCUGUUAUAAAAGGAUAUCAUGGAGAGGAUCAGUCCGAUUCUCGUUUGAAGAAUGAAGCCAAAAAUAUUGGAUUUCCUGUAAUGCUGAAGGCAGUUAGAGGUGGUGGUGGAAAGGGUAUGCGAAUUGUUUUAUCAGAAAAUGAAUUUGAUGCUGCCUUGGAAUCUGCAAGAAGGGAAGCUUUGAAAUCAUUUGGUGAUGAUACGAUGCUCGUGGAGCAAUUUGUUCAAAGACCAAGACAUGUUGAAGUGCAGAUAUUUGGUGAUACACAUGGAAACUAUGUAUAUUUAUUUGAAAGAGACUGCAGUGUACAAAGAAGGCAUCAAAAAAUUAUUGAAGAAGCACCUGCUCCUGGCUUGGAUGAGCAGACAAGACAGUCAUUGGGUGAAGCUGCAGUUAGAGCUGCAAGAGCUGUUAAAUAUGUUGGAGCUGGUACUGUUGAAUUCAUUAUGGAUGAAAAUAAGAAAUUUUAUUUUAUGGAAAUGAAUACUCGUCUUCAAGUAGAGCAUCCAGUAACCGAAAUGAUAACUGGUACCGAUUUAGUUGAAUGGCAGUUACGGGUCUAAGUUUCUUUACCUCUUCCUGUUUCGCAAUCAAUAGACAUCCUAUUAAAUGGGCAUUCAUUUGAAGCAAGGAUAUAUGCAGAAGAUCCUGAGAAUAAUUUCAUGCCUGGUGUUGGUCCUUUGAUACUUUCCGUACCUGAGCCUUCAGAGAGUGUUAGAAUUGAAACUGGUGUUCGUCAAGGAGACAAUGUAUCUGUGCAUUAUGAUCCAAUGAUUGCUAAGCUUGUGGUAUGGGGAAAAGACAGAAAAUCUGCUCUGAAUAAAAUUCAGUCAUGUUUGUCUGAAUAUAAUAUUGUUGGAGUUAAAACCAAUGUAAAAUUUCUUAUGGAACUUGCAAAUCAUUCAGAAUUUACCCUUGGAAAUGUUCAUACAGAUUUUAUACGUCAAUAUGAAGGGGAUUUAUUAUCCACUAAACAACCACUACAUCAAGAUGUCUGUGCAGCUCUUUUAAGUGUUAUUUUUCAUGAAAGAAAACAAGCAAUUUCUGAUAUUUCAUAUGAUAUGAAUUCACCCUUUGCUUUGCUCGAUGGUAUGAUCCCUAAUCUCUCAUAUAAAAAGAAAAUGAAGAUUUUGUACAAUGAGAAAGAAUUUAGAGUGGAUGUACAGUAUAAAGAAAAUGGCAGUUACAUUUUUUAUAUUGAAGGAAAACAAUAUUCAGUGUGUGGUUCAAUCUCAGAUCAUAAUCCAACUUUGCUGUUUUGUUCUGUAAAUGAUCGAAGUUUUCCUGUGAGAGCUGUUAUUAAUGGCAAUGAAAUACAUCUAUUUAAGAAGGAUUCUAGUUAUCAAUUUCUUCUUCACACUCCAAAAUUCUUCUCUGCCUCUUUGUCAGAACUCUCUCACAAGGGAGCAGUUGCUCCAAUGCCUGGAGUGAUUGAAAAGAUAAGUGUCAGUGUAGGAGAUAGUGUUAAAAAGGGAGAUGCCCUAGUUGUCAUGAUAGCUAUGAAAAUGGAAUAUGUAAUAAAAGCCCAUUGUAAUGGAAUUGUUGAAAAAGUAUUCUAUAAAGUUGGUGAAAAUGUCCCAAAGAACUCUCAGCUGGUUCAGAUCAAGGGUGAUUCAUGAAUAUCAGAAAAUUUUAAAUAAGAAAAUAUUAGUAUAUUGAAUAUAUUUUUAUUUUUGUCAAAUAAGUAUAAAUUCCUGUAAAAUUUGUUUUUGUGUAUAAAAUUUUCAUAUUUUUUA